ACCAGGAUUACUACGCCCCCUACGAGGGCAGGGACGGGUUCGACGUCCAAAUUAUGCUGCAGGUUCCCAGGAGCCGCGGCGCCGUCACCCUCAGGUCCAAUAGUCCCUUCGAGCCUCCUAAUGUCGACCCGAAUUAUUUCGAACAUCCUGAUGAUGUUGAGGAUCUUCUUAAAAGCAUAGAAUUCGCUAUGGAAGUGGGAAGGACGCGAGCUCUGAGGGAGGGUGUGAAUGCCACUUUUAUUGACAGGCCGCUGCUAGGCUGCAAGCACCUGCCCUGGGGCUCAGACGAGUACUGGCGCUGCUUCAUCCGCGCCAUGAGCACCACGGGCCACCACUUCUGCUGCACCUGCAAGAUGGCACCCGCCACCGACCCCAUGGCCGUCGUGUCCCCCAGACUCAGAGUGCACGGCGUGGACGGUCUCAGGGUUGUGGACCUCUCCAUUGUUCCCAUCGUGACUUCAG